GAGUGCUAGUGCGGUGCGCCAGUGCGCGAGAAGCUUCUUCCACGGCCACGGGGAUAACCACGCUUAGUCGCUGCCCUCUCUCUCGGAGUGCACGGGAGAGCCGCAGCAGACAGGAUGCCGAAAUGCGACGCGAAGACCAAGUAUCUUCCGGCCACCUUCGCCUGGGCCCUCCUCCUCAGCACGACCACGCUCUUCUUCUACUUCCCGUGCCAGUAUUAUGUCUCACGAUAUCCAUGGGUGCCAGCACUGCAAGGAGUCAUCACAUUUUUUGUGCUGGCAAACUUCACACUGGCCACCUUCAUGGACCCUGGAGUUAUACCAAAAGCUCCUCCAGAUGAAGACCGGGAAGAUGAUUUCAGAGCACCGCUGUACAAAAGCGUUGAAAUUAAUGGGAUAACUGUUCGAAUGAAGUGGUGUGUUACCUGCAAAUUUUAUCGGCCACCAAGAUGUUCACAUUGCAGUGUAUGCAACCAUUGCAUCGAGACAUUUGAUCAUCAUUGUCCGUGGGUAAAUAACUGUAUUGGCAGAAGAAAUUACCGUUUCUUCUUUUUCUUCCUUUUGUCACUGAGUAUGCACAUGCUUAGUAUAUUUGGAUUGUGCCUGUACUUUGUUUUGGAGCACAAGCAGAAGUUAGGCGAAGUUCAAACAAUUAUAGCUAUGGUGCUCAUGGGAGUGGUAACCCUACUCUUCAUUCCAAUUUUUGGAUUAACAGUCUUUCAUAUAGUGUUGGUCUCCCGAGGCCGCACGACGAACGAACAAGUAACAGGAAAAUUCAAUGGUGGCUAUAAUCCGUUCUCACGAGGCUGCCUGCAUAAUUGCUGCUACACACAAUUCGGACCACAAUAUCCGAGCUUAAUAAAGCCUGAAAAGUAUUCAGGGAAGCGUCGCGGAGCUUGCACUUCUGAAAUCUCAACGAUAGACAGCGAGAACCAGGUAAAAACCUACAUGGAUAGCAGCAAUGGUGUUAGAAAUGCCAGUUCAAAUGCUUACAAUAAGUUGUCCCCUGGUAGAGACGGCUCCGAUACAGACAUGGAGCCAACUGCUUCACAAUCAGCAGACUGUGAACCAACUCCGCCGUUGCAGAGACAUGGUUCGAAAAACAACUUCUUCCUGCCACCUGUGGAGAACAACGAAUCUCCCAGGCAUCCUCCACAGUCACAGCAUCGUCACCCCAUACAUUAUCCCAGAGGCAGUCCGCAUCCUAAACAAAGGGGCAUAAAUGGCUCUCGGAGUCACACGCCAGAUCCCUUGACGGAGUCGAGCGGUUCCCCAGCGACGGGAGGCCAGGGCACGGGCGGUCGCCAAGGUGGCGCGAGUCCGACGAUGCAGCAGCGAAUCAAAGCUAUUGGCGUGCCGACGCCGUUAGCAAUAUCCAGUCCUAUUCGCAGAUCGAACCCAGGCACCCCGACGCAGGUCCGUCGGCCGGACUUUAUUGGCGUAUCCGAGCAACAACAACAGCAGCAGCAAGCCAAGUACUACGAUGCCCAGCAACACGGAAACCAGAGCGUCCAGCAACAGCAGAAGCAGCCAGGUUACAGUCCGCAGCGUCGCUUCCUCUCGGAGAGCGAACUCGUGCGCCAGGCUAACGAGCACCCUUACGCAAGAACCAACAACACCGUGGACAACAUAAGGGAGCUGGCAGGUUCACCACAGCGCGGAGUCUACACCUGGAAGGACAACUCGCCCGGUAGCGGUUAUCCUCCUAGCGGGCCGACUUCGACGGUCGCCGCGCUCGCCGCUGCCCACCAAGCGGCUCAGCAGCACCACGCUUCCAUGGGUGGCCCUGGCUCGCAGCGUCCGCCUCUGCCCUACGAAUACUACCGCUCGAAUCCGACGAGUCCGACGCAGCAGCCCUACUCGACGGCUCCUUUACGCGCCGCCUAUCACCCGGUGGUACGCGGUGGUGUGCCCGUCUUUCCGCCACACCAGUCGCCCCAGGUGAAGCGAAAGACCAGCAUGGUCACGCCUACCACCCCGACGUCGUCUGCGGCUUCGGCCGGCAACGCCGUGUCCGGUGAAAACCGGCGCAGGCCCAUGUCUUUCGUGCGCGCCCUCGAGAUUACCGACUCUAUGGAGAUGGUCUCGGCGCCCAACUCUCAGGGUGCACCCCAGGCCGCGACCAAUGACUCGAGGUCCGCCUCGAACCAGAGGCCGACGACGCCGACGCCUGACCGCGCCAGCGUGUACGACAUGAACUACGAGAUAUCCGUAUAGCGCAGCUGUUACGUCUCCCCGCCGAUCUGCGGCUGGAGGGAGAUGCGGCGUAAUUCGCCCAACCUCUUCCACGUCAAUGCCAAGGACGUCGUUAGUAGCACUGCCGCCAGCAUGACCAAGAAGAAGACGAGCACGAUGACGACGACGACGACGACGACCAAGGCAACGACGACCAAGGCGUCGGCCAAGCCGGCCAAAACGCACGGGUGUCAGGUUUCCGUCUAAGAGAACAAAUGCCUCGAGGAGCGUGUACUGUGGUGUGUGGCGUGCCCGUGUCCACUUUCGGAGUGUUUGAUUGUGUGAGUGUGUCUCUAAGAAAGUGCGCGGUUGAUUUUAGAAAGCAGCUUUUCUCGCGAAAGCCUCACCAGCUAUGCAAUCGUUUGCCCAAGCACGGUGAGAACGGCUACUUCACGAAUAGACGAUUGUCCUAGCAGCACUCUCAGCGACUAUUGCUUUGGCUUCUUGAUUCUUCACGAUAUUUUCUUAUAAAACUCGCUAUUGAAAGCAAUAUUUGGCUAACAUUCUCUAUGUGUACAAGUAUACAAAAUUUUUAGCGGUGAUUCAAUUUGUCUCGAAUAAACGACUUGCAGCGACAAAAGAAGCGUGCAAUCUAGAUACUUAAAAAAAACGAAUAAGCACUAUAACGUGUCUUCAUAUAGCGAGCUUUAAAUGUGCGAAAAUAUUGUGAGAAAUCAACGCAGUAUGUAAUAGUGCACACCAGCUUUCAGGAUAAUCUUGCGGUUUCUCACAGAGUGUAGGGAUUUCAAGAGAGGAUGUUUUAGAGCCAUUUUUUCACCAAAAAUGUGCAAUAGACUAGAAAAUACAAGUACGAAGUGGUUGGUGGUUGCAGACUGAAGUGCGUUUUUUUGAUAAAGGAAACGGGGUAUAACAUGGGAAAUGAGAAAUAUUUCAACAGUUGUAAUAAGCUGGUCGCGUUUGACUACUUGUUGGCCGAACUCUUUCAUCGUACUCUUUUUUACUCAGCAGGAAUACAUGGAAGGCAUAUUUGUUGUGCCCUGAUUUUGUUUUUAUAGUAAAUACGUGUUAAGGUCAGUUUAGAUUUUUAUACAGUGUUGUUAAAGAAGCCUCGUUUUUUAAUUACUCUUUUUCCUUUUGAAAAAAUGCGACGAACUUGAUGAGCAACGUGAGAAAUAUAUAUAAAUAUUUAUGUAUAGAUUGUAACGUUUGCAGUAUACAACUUAUAACAUACAUCACAAGGUUAUUAUAGGCAGUGAUCACCAAGUAUACUUUAGUAAGUAAUAUGUAAAUUAAGAGAAAAAAGUCUUCUAAAGUUUUGAAGUUUUUUUCAUCAUUACUUUUUCUUUUGUUAUUUAUUUAAUUGAAAGGUUUUCCAAAACCAACGAGUGAUAUAAAUAAUUUUAUACAAUAUCGAUACCUUAUUUGUUUAACACGGUUUUAUACACUAAUCACACUUGCAAUGUAGGAAUGUAAUUUGCACGCUAUAAGAUAAAAUCAAAAUUUUUAGAAAGAGGACAAAUGAUAUCAAUUAUCAUUACUGUUAUAAAUUGUAUAAUGUAUAAUGUUUAUAUCAAUUUGGAAUGUACAACGUAUACAAAUUUACGAUCAAACCACUUAAUUUCUAUCUUUUUCUUACAUAAUUAUACUAAGAAAAAAUACAUGUAUGAGUGAACAAAAAAAAAAUUAAAAAAGGAAAUGUCUGAUGUCCAUUAACAGAGUUACUCAAACGAGAUAAGUUAUCGUGAAGCUAGAUUAACGAAUUUUGUGUAAAAUAAUCGUGAAUUGUGUAGUAAAUUUUUAAUAUUCAAUCAACUAUUUAAUGAGGAAAAAACUAUUUAUACGUAAAGCACGACGGACCAACAAAUUUUCUUGUGCGGUUUAGCCCGUUUUGGUUAUGGACAAUGGUUGAUGGUUUUAUUGGUGUGCCCUAAAACUAACACGAUAAUCUUCACGAGAGCGAGCUUGAGUACUCGAGCAUGUGUGGGUGUUCACUGCGAGAUAGGCAAAUAAGUAAAAUGAACUUUAGCCACACGAAAGUACACAAUUACGAUUGCCAUCAGAAAUGUAGAUGAUUGGCAGUCGAACGACACGAAACAUUACAAUUUUGUUGAAAGGCGAAUAAGAAACUUGUAAUAUAUACGUAUAUAUAAAUAUCUGUAAUUGCAUAAAUUAACUUACUACAACAUGCGGACUUUAAUGUCUCACUCAUGGAUUCCCAAUUUUUUAUGUGUAAAAUAAAAACGUUCACCAAUGAUCGAAGCUUCCGAGAUUCUGUAGUCUCAAAAUGAAAAAAGACCAAAUCACUUUCAUAAAUAAGUACUUGUUCAACUCUCGCCUAGUGGACCGUGCCAAACAAAGCAUUAACACAAGUUAAUUUAUAGUUGUGUAUAUUUUCAACUUUCCCCCUCAUUGUAAUCUUCAAAAAAUUCAUAUUUCGAAUUAAAGUCUCGAGAGAGCUUUGACUAUGGUCGUGAAAGAGAGAGAGAGAGUGGAAAGUAAGAGAGAAAAAUAAUUUAAGUAAUAAGCAAAAAUGAAAGAAAAAACAAUACGACAUCAUAAACAAAUUGUACAAGAGUCGACGAACGUUUUAGUGUUUGUAAUUUGGUGUACUUGUACAUAAUGCUCGUUAUCGCUAAUUUUCAAUGUAAAUACGUAUAUAUUUCGGUACUGUGCGUAUCGUCACUAUUCUAUAAAAAUAAAAACGACGUGAAAUUAUAGUUCUUUUUUCUGCCUUAAUAUCUGCAUACAAUACGAAUAAAAGGGCUUUAAUGACUGUAUAAAGGAAAAUAUUUUUUUUUAUGAUUCAAUCUCAUGGUAGCUAGAGGUACGAUUUGAGUGCAGCAUUAUUGUUUAAGUUUUGCAAACUACGAGUGAUGGAGUUUCUGAUAUUUUGUUUGGCGUGAUUUUUUUUACUAAAAAACAUAAUGUAUAGUAAAAAAUUCCGUGUUUUAUUUAACGAAUGAACAUAAAUAUAAUAAAUUUGUUUUUUAAAAAUUA